AUGAAGAAGCACCAGAGUCCAACCAAACAGCAGCAGCAUCAGCAUCAGCAGCAGCCACCAGCUGAUGUCCCGGCUCCAGGAGGAGAGGUGACCGUCCAACAACUCAAUGAGCUGCUGUCCAACGGUAGCGGCUUUUACAGCUUACCGACACAACACUUCAACGAGGUCUUCCCGAGAAUAUACAUCGGUAACGCGUUCGUGGCCCAGAAUGCAAUGCGUCUGCAGAAACUCGGGGUGACGCAUGUUCUCAACGUGGCCGAGGGAACCUCCUUCAUGCAUGUCAACACCAGUGUGGACUUCUACGCCGGCACGGGCAUCACGUACCACGGUAUCCAGGCCAACGACACCGAGCAGUUCAACCUCAGUGCCUUCUUUGAGGAAGGGGCUGAUUUUAUCGACAAGGCCCUUGCACACAACAACGGAAAAGGUAAGGUGUACGUACACUGCAGAGAAGGCUACAGCCGCUCCCCCACCAUGGUCGUCGCUUACCUCAUGCUGCGCCACAAAAUGGACGCCCGGGCGGCGGUGGCCACCGUGAGGCAUAAGAGGGAGAUCGGACCCAACGACGGCUUCCUUCGCCAACUGUGCCAACUAAACGAGAAGCUGGCGAAGGAGGGCAAGCUGAACGGGGAGGUGGGCAAACUAAAGACCAAAUGA